UUUAACUAGAAAUAAGACAAAUAUUCUUGUUAAGAUUUUGAGUGAACAAUAUUAGUGGCUUGAUAUUCUGUGCACUGUUUUUGUUCACAGUUCUGCAGGUUUUACAGUUCACUCACUUGCACUUUUUUGGUUGGUUUACAUUUUAAAUGAUCAUGAAAAUUUUUUUUGUCUGCUAAAACUAUUUGAAACUUUUUUAAACUGCUUAAAACUACCUGUUUGUUGUGCCAUUUUCUAUAUGGCUUUUGUUAAAACAUGCUAUUUGCUUUAUUUGUUAAUAAAAAAAAAACCUAAUCUCUGGGUUCUUUCUAUUUUAUUCCAGAAGGGAGGGGGGAUCUUCUGAUUUAAAAAAUCGUGAUUAAAAAUCGAGAUCGUUCAAUAUGGGAAAAAAAAUCGUGAUCACUUUUUUUGCCAUAUCGCCCAGCCCUUGCUACAACUUUUGAUGUAAACGAAGAUGAAAAACUUAAUAUGUCAGUAACGUUAUAGGUCCCUAUAUCAGCAAUGUUUUGGAGUGUUAGUGAAGUUAAGCAAGUUGAAAUAUAAUGAUGUGCCAGCCCCCGGCUAGCAACAGAAGUAUUGUUAGGCUAAGAUGUGUUAGGGUGAGAGAGUUGAAAUGUUUUCAAUGUAACGUCAGGUUCAUGUUGAGGGACAGGCAGUAAAAUACAGCAGCUGCCAGUGCCCAAUCGGCAAGGACAAGUGCCACCAUAUGGCAGCUCUGCUGAUCUGGACAGAAAAAAAUGUGUCCCGCACCGAUGUCGAGUGUGUGUGGAAGAGGCCGAAGAUGCUGAAGGCUGACAUCACACCUAAGCGAGUGUCUGUGAUGGCACCAUCCACAACACAAGCUGGAAUAAAAAGAUCUGUCACCCAGGAGGACAAGGACUGGGUACGGGCAUCCCUGUCACAGCUUGGGCGUUUUACUGGAAUGGGAUGGAUUUUGAGCCCAGAAACUCCUCAGACUCUCCCUAUCAAGACCUUUGAGGGGCUGUUGACCAACCCAGGUUAUAGCCAAGCAGAGGACAAGGCUCUUUAUUUAUUGUCAUCACUUGCAGUCACUGAGCAGGAGAAGCAGCAGAUAGAGAGAGCCACAGUUGGGCAGGCAAAGAACGCAUUGUGGUCAGCAUAUCGGCAAAAAAGGAUCACAGCAAGCAACUUCGGUUUGGUCUUGGCAGCAGUGAAGCGGAAGUCCUACCCUCCUUCCUUAUUUAAAACACUGCUUGGCCAGUACAACCUCAAAGAAGGAUCCAAAGCAUGUGACUGGGGAAUCCACCAUGAGGCAAGGGCAAAGCAACAAUUCACGGAGCGCACAGGUGUUGUCAUCCAGGAGAGGGGAUUGUUCUUGUCUCACAGCGGUCUACUCGGUGGUUCUCCAGAUGGGACUGUAUCUGAUGACUGCAUCGUUGAGGUGAAAUGUCCGUGGUCAGCCAGAGCCAAUACCAUCCUACAAGCAGCAGAGAGUAGGGACUUCUUCUUGGAGUUGGAUGAAGAAACUGGUACCCUGGCACUAAAACAACGCCAUAACUACUGGCAUCAGAUCCAGGGCAACCUACACCUGACUGGAGCUAACAGUUGUCACCUCAUUGUAUGGACUCCUCUUGACCUUGUCAUCCUGCCAGUGCUCAAAGAUCCGACAUGGGCUCUUAACAUUGGUAUUCUGGAAACAUUUUUUAAAGAGUGUUUCCUUCCAAACAUUGUGUCAGUUUUAAAUUAAAAACAAAAAGGAGGAGAGGCCAGCAACACUUGGUGUCCUUCUUGAUGACUUUUAUUAACUCAUUGACUGCCAGCCAUUUUCAGAGUAGACAGCUCCAUACUGCCAGAGUUUUUGGGCAUUUUGGCUGAUGUUCAAAGACCCACAGAAUAUUGAGUUUUAGGAGUACAUAAACAUUGAUGGAUCACUCAUCCAAAUAGACACUUUGCUGCCAACUACUGGCCUGAUAUUUACUGACAAGUUGCGCCAGCAUGCAAUGGCAGUGAACGGUUGUAAAUAGAUUGAUGCCAAUCGGCGUCAAUGGCAGUGAAUGUGUUGAUGAACUGCGUUGGUGCUUACCCUAUUACACGGACUGUUUUCAACAGGUCUUCUUCAGUGUGUCACACUGAAGAAGACCUGUGUCGAAACCAGUCUGUGUAAUAGGUCAUAUAAGUCAUCACCAAGGACACCAAGUGUUGCUGGCCUCUCCUCCUUUUGUUCUAAGUACAUGUUUUACUUAAGUACAGUUCUGAGGUACUUAUAUUUUACUUGAGUAUUUCCGCUUUGUCCUACUUUUUACUUCCACUCCACUACAUUUCUUGUAAAUAUUUUUUCUGGUAAAUAUUGUAAAUAUUAUAAACAUUUUUUCUGGUAAAUAUUGUACCUUCUACUCCACUACAUUUAUUUGACAUCUUUACUUUUCAGAUGAAGAUUUGACGAUGUUAAUGUCUGCACUUGAACAUACCCUACAUUCAUGAUCUGUAAAUACUAA